UUUUUUUUAAGCCUAAUGUGUUAAUACAGUAUGUUAAAAUGAAAUACACAGUCACAUACAUGAGUUGGUACUGAAAAAAAUUAGACCAUCCAAGGCAAGAUAAACAGUUUCAACUAUAACGGUAAAAACAAAAGUAAUCAAUAACGGCCAAAUAUACCCGGGACCCCAGAGGAUUAAGGCAAAUGCAGAGAUGCAUGGAAUUUUUUUCCAUGCGAUUUUUUUGAUUUUUUUUUUUUUUUUUCCUAACAGAAACAGCUGUUGAAGUUAUUUUUCCUCUGACAAAUUUUAUUUCAGCUCACAAUAUAUUUUCUGAUGUUUGAAUGGUAAUGUAAUUGUUUUCAUAUUUAACACAUAUUGAGUAUUCGUGCAGUUCUUAACAUGGUAGGGAAAGCAAUAAACAGUUUUGUAAUGAUUGAAUUGCAGUAUUUAUCCUUGAAGAUGCUUUGCUGCUACAUUGGUUGGUUAAGAUUAUGCAAGGUUGUUUAAUUAAUCAUAGUUGCACAGAGGUUGGCCAGUUUGUUGGCCAAAUUAUCAGACAAGAAUAUCAGAUAAAUUGUAAGUUACUGCAAGAAAUGACUAUUUUGUAAAUUCUAUUUGAGUCAAAGCAAGCAUUAAUAAUUUUUUUGCAUUUUCUCUGCUGACUUCUUGUUUCACCUAAUAGAUGUUUGCAGGUUAAGGACCAAAUGAUCACAGGAAUAGCAUGUCAAAAAGAAGAGCCAGAGUUAGUCCUGAAGCUGAGGCUAUUCAGUUUAUUUUAUCUGGAAGUGACAAGCCUUGUCUGAAGGUUCAAUGGGUCAGUGACUAUAAAGGGCGUGGUGUAUUUGCUUCUACACCAAUUGAAAAGGGAUCCUUUGUUGCUGAGUACCGUGGGGAGUUGAUCUCAAAAUAUGAACGGGACAAGAGACACAAGAAGUACACUGAGAAGCAAAAUGCAUUCUUGUUUGAUUUUAAGUGGAACAGUGAUGUAUGGUGCAUUGAUGCCUCCCAUGAAGAUGACUCUUUUGGCCGGUUGGUUAAUGAUGCCCAUAUAUCCCCAAACUGCAAAAUGAAAAAGCUGAUUGUCCACGGUAAACCUCAUCUUUGCUUGUUUGCUUUUGAAAACAUCCAAGCAGAGAGUGAAAUAACAUAUAACUAUGGAGACGCUCUGUGGCCAUGGCGAGCUUUGACACCAAGUGUAGAGAUCCCGACUCAGCCUUCAGGAGAGCCACAAAUGAGCGGGUCAUCCAUUUCAUCCUUUCAACAGACACCAAGUGUAGAGAUCCCGACUCAGCCUUCAGGAGAGCCACAAAUGAAUUCGCCUCCACCGGCCUCGUCAUGCCCCAGCACACCUCCUUCACGACCCGCUACGCCGGCACGUAAGCGGAAUUCCCGGCGCCAUAAAAGCCGAACGGAGCCAGCAGCCAGGGAUAAAAUGACAAUGGACUCUCUGCAGUUUUCAACCACUUCCGACUCCACCACUGAAUCUGUCCCUCCUUUCCCCGGCUCGUCAGACAUGAUUAACCACACUGCUCCACCGUCCUUGACAGCCAGAUCAGACAUUUGCAACAAGGCAUCCAAGCUCUGUAUCCUGUGGUUCCGGCUACCCAGUGAGGAGCUGGGGAAUACCAUCGCCCACAGGAUACAUGACAUGUUGACAGAACACACCUGGCUUAUGGAUUCCUUGCCCCGGCUAACCCAGUGUUAUGCGGAACAAAUACUUCAUUCCGCAGCCCUCACUUUCCCCUCCGUGUCUCCCAAGGUGACUGUUUCCAAUAAACCGGCUAAAGAAAAGACUGUGUGUUUCACACCUGGACUCAACCCUGACGCUCCAUCCUCUGUGCCUCAUGCUCCUGCACCCGCUUCUGUUCCGCGGACACCAAGUGUAGAGAUCCCGACUCAGCCUUCAGGAGAGCCACAAAUGAGCGGGCCAUCCACUUCAUCCUUUCAACAGGUUGACCAGACCUCUGCUUUUGUGCCUUUUAGUGGGACAGUAACUGGAGAACAGCUUAGAGCAAUACGCUGUCUACAAAAUCUAAAACGACAUCAUGAUCAGUGUGAGAAACGUUAUGAUGACGCUAAGAUGAAAAUAUUAGAGAGAGAAAGGCAGAGAACUUUGACUCUAUCCACCAGAAUGAAUGUUGGACAUGCUGAAGUUGAUGAUGGUGAAUUUCAUGAUGGAAACUACUCACGCUUUAAUGACCAGAUUUCUGAUCCCGAGUUUUCAGAUAACACAGAUUAUGAAGAUGUUGACUAUGUUCCAGACUCAAGUGACAACUCUUCAGACACAAGUGUUCAAAGUAAGGAACUGAGAGUGACAGACAAUUCUCCCAAAAAACUGUCUGACAUUUCAUUGGGGAUGGCUACAGCACACAGUGUGGAAAUCACUGGUUCUCAUAGUUCUUCAGUGAUAAGUUGCAGUGCCGAUUCAACAGAGAGCAUGUCGCACAAUAACAGCUCCGUAAAAGUCACAGCAUUGCCAAAAACAGGAAGGAAGAGCAAGUACAACAAGAAGCAAUAUUGUCUGUAUUGUAAAAAACCCAUUUCUAAAUUGGCAAGACACCUCGAAAGCGCACACGGUAACCAGCCUGAUGUAACAAUGGCUUUCAGUUUCGCUAAAGGUUCCCACAACAGAAGAGAGCUGUUACGGUGUCUUAAAAAGAGGGGAAACUUUGAACAUAAUGCUUCUGUGGCAGUCCAAGGUACUGGAGCAUUUGUUGCUUGUCGAAGACCCACUAUAGAAAAACAAUCUGAGGACUACCGUCAUUGCAAAUUUUGUCAAGGGCUAUAUGCAAGAGAAAGCCUUUGGAGACAUGUGAGAAGGUGCCCCCAGAAGCCUGUUGAAGGAGACUCUCCCACUGGACGAAAGCGGAUACAUCUUGACUUGCCAAAACCCAAUCAAGUUCAUGAAGCUGUUUGGAAGAUUGCUUGUGAAAUGAACCAGGAUGGCAUUUCCUUGGUUGUAAAAAGUGAAAGAGACAUUCUUUCCCUUGGUGAGUCACUGUACAACAGCAGGAAACCGCAUGAAAGAAGGAAUGAUUACAUUCGCCAGAAAAUGAGAGAGAUAGCAAGGCUGUUGAUAGAAGCUAGAGCUAAAACACCUCUGAAGAGGACAGAAGACCUUGUUAUGCCCAGCAACUUUCCUCACGUGAUACAAGCUGUCAGAGCUGUUGCUGGUUAUGACUUGAAAAGCAACUCAUAUAAAGUCCCAUCCUUGGCUCUAAAAUUGGGGCACAGUUUAGCCAAACUUGCAGGAAUUGUACAGUGCAGUGCUAUCAUUGCACAUCGCCAUGAUGUUGCCAAGUCAGCCGAGCAAUUUGCCACUCUGUAUCAGAAAAAAUGGGCAGAGUCAAUUUCAGCUGCUGCAUUGGGCACGCUUCAACAAGCCAAAUGGAAUAAACCCCAGCUUUUGCCAUUUACACAGGAUGUGUCGCUGCUGCACCAGUUUCUUGCUGCUGAGUGUGCUAAAUGCAUGAAGGAUGUGGAGGAAAAACCUAACAACACAAACUUUGGAAAUCUUGCUAAAGUAACUUUGACACAAGUAGUACUAUUUAACAGAAAACGGCAGGGGGAAGUUUCAAAAAUGGAGGUCCAGGCUUUUACAUCCCGGAAUUGCACAGAGCUGAACCCCGACAUUAUGAUGUGCCUCAAUGAGUUGGAGAGGAAGCUUGCAAAGUACUUUGAUAGAGUUGAGAUUCGUGGUAAAAGGUCAAGAAUGGUGCCUGUGCUUCUCACACCUGACAUGAUCAUAGCAAUGAACCUCCUCAUGGAAAACAGGAGUAAGUGUCAAGUCCCCACAGAGAAUGUAUACUUAUUUGCACGUCCAGGUGCACUUUCCCAUUACAGAGGCUCUGACUGCCUUCGCAAGUAUGCAAAGCAAUGUGGUGCAAAGAACCCAGAGGCACUCACGUCAACAAGAUUGCGGAAGCAAGUUGCCACUUUAUCCACAGUACUAAAUCUAAAAGAAAAUGAAAUGGAUCAGCUUGCUACCUUUCUUGGACACGAUGUCCGGAUCCACCGAGAGUUCUACCGGCUUCCAGAGAGUACCAUACAGCUGGCAAAAGUCAGUAAACUGUUGAUAGCAAUGGAAAAAGGGAAACUGUCUGACCUGCAGGGGAAAGGACUGGAUGACAUUGACAUACAUCCUGAUGAUAAGGUUGCCACGACUGACGACGAUUCUGAUGAAGAAACCAUUCCUGACCUGCAUCAGCAGAGAGGUUCAAGAACUGAGACUUCUGGGGACCCAAAGCACCUACCUGACUCAACCACAUUGAGCAACAUGGAGGCCACUUCAGAUUCAGUCAUGUUGGACCACUUGGAAGGCACGUCGACAAAAAGCAUCGUCAGCACUGAACCAACAGAUUCACAGCAGGACACAGCAAUUAUUGUGGGUACAUCUUUGAAAUGCUCCAAUGAAAAGCAAGCUGGGAAGGUGAGAAGCAAGUGGACAGAUGAUGAAGUGAAGGCUGUCGAACGGCAUAUGUUACAUUUCAUAACAAGGUGCAAGGUACCAGGUAAAAGGGACUGUGAUGCCUGCCUUCAGGCAGAACCAGUAGCUCUAAAAGACAGAGACUGGGCUGGAAUAAAAUACUACAUACACAACAGAAUCGUAGCAUUAAAAAGGAGGAUGAAUAAAUAGAACUAUAAACUCCUAAACUUGACUCUGGUGCAAUUUUAUCAGUGGUAGGAGAUUUUAUUUUCAUUCUCUGCUUUUGUAAGGUGCUCAGUUUUGUCAGUUCUUUAUUUAGUUGUUCAUGUAAUUUUAUUUAUCUUUUUUUUAAAAUAGCACAAUGUUCAAGAAACCUUAUUGUUUCAGUUUACUUUUGUUACCAGCAAUUAAAAAAAGGAAAAACUCAAGAAAGUCAGUUUUUUUGUUUUUUUUUCCUCCCUUUCCACAUGAAUGCCAUCUACAACAUUCAUAAAUGCCGUACAAUAACGAUUAAACAAUAGACUUACCAUAUUCUUAGACUAUGUCUCUUUUAAGUCCCAGAACAGCUCAGAUUUACUAUCUUCUAAUAACAAAUAUCUGAUUUAUUUCAAAUGUUACUUGACUGGCGAGUGUGAUGAAUAUACAGCUAUGCUUCUUAUGCAGAUAUUUCAAACAGGCCAUCUUGCAAAUACUGACACUGUAGUUAUCUGGUCUCCAUAAGUCACGUAUACUCGAAAAAAUUGUGUGUAUCUCUGGGUCUUACAAUUCACUUAGACAUGAAAUAACUGUGUGAGAGGUUAUAGUCCUCAUAAGUCACAUAAACCUGACAAUGUCCCCAUAAGUCGCAUAAAAAUCAGGUUUGACCAAAAUAUGGCUUUAGCUAAAAUCUAAAUAGAUGACUGCUUUCCUGAGAGCAUGGGUCAAAAACCAUUUGAUUCUCAGGCCUCUAGAACCUUUGGAAAGGCACGUUCCCAUUUGUCCUAUUUUUGUCAUACGUCCUUAUAUUUCACGAAAACACGUAUGUGUGUGUGUGUGUGUGUGUGUGUGUGUGUGUGUGUGUG